UGACAAAAUGUGAUUUUGACACAUGACACUUGACAAUCCAAAAUUGACAACAAAAGUUUUCGAGGUUGUUUUUAGGAAGUUUUUGUUUAAAAUCAUAAAGUAAUUAUUAUUGACUCGGUUUAUAAAAAUUCACAUAAUGGCACCUUCUGAAGGUCUUCCCUCUGAUCUUGAUGAAAAGAGCUUUGAAAAUAUAGUGAAGUUUGUGUCAAACGUUCGAACAGGGAAGCUGCAAGGAUCAAUAACAGUAGCCCACGCUACUGUGGACCUCUUAGAACAAAUAAUUUCAGAUGCUGAUAACACAACUGCAUUGGUGCUAUGUAGAAAAAUUCGUGCGGUCGGUUGUCACUUAACUGAAGCACUGCCUGCAGAGUUGUCUGCGGGGAACAUGGUCCGGAGAGUCCUCCGAGCCAUCAGAGAUGAGCAGAGAGCUAAUGUAAACCAGAGUGGAGAAGGAGCUGGUGAAUCGCUGCAGCGGUUAGUGCUGGCCAAUCCCGGCAGGCGGGCCACCCUCGGACCUGCAUCCAAAGAUCUCAAAGAACCACUAAGAGACUUUAUUGCUGAGCUGCGCGCGGAGCUGGAGUCGUCCCUGGAAUCGGUGUGCUCGCAGGCGAAGGAGCACAUAGCGGCCGACGAGCUGGUGAUGACGCACGGCGCAGGCGCGCUGCUCGAGCGGUUCCUGCGCGCUGCCGGCAGGAAGUACCGCCUGGUGCUGGCCGAGGGGCCGGAUGUUAGAGAGAGCCACGCGAUGGCGGCGCGGCUGAGCGCGGCGGGCGUGAGCGUCACCGUCGUCACCGCCGCCGCCGCGCCCGCUCUCGUCUCGCGCGUCAACAAGGUUGUGAUAGCAGCCACAGCGACUGUGGGAGGCGGGGCGGUGAUCGCGCCCGUCGGCACCGCCCUUAUCACAAACGCCGCCACGCACCGCGCCGUUCCCGUGAUUGUGCUGUGUCCGCUGCUAAAGCUGUCACCAGUGCAGUCCUGCGACCAGUACUUCUUCAAAGCGCAGGACACCUCGCACCAGGCCAUGCCCUACCAGGGUCUGGAGUGUGUAGAAGCGACGGUGGUGGCGCAGAAGUUCGACUUCAUCAGGCCGAACCAGGUCUCUCUCGUCAUAACUAACCUAGGCGGCAGUUCUCCCUCCUACGUGUACCGGUUGCUGUCGGAGCUGUACGAUCCCGACGACUAUACGCUGCGGGCGUCGAAGUCCGCGGUAGCGGCGCGGAUCGAUAAAGUGUGGUAUGGCGCAGCAAGUAUGAGCCAAGGGGGCUCCAGACGGCCCUACUCCCGCGGGGGUCCGCGGUGGCACCCGCGCUACAAGGAUUACUGGGACUUCGACCAAAACUACAGUGAUGGCAGCAGCGCCGGCAGCCCGAAGGAGGCGUGCGUGGCGCAGUCCCCGCCGCCGGUGCCGGCCAAGCGCCACCCCCACCACCACGACCAGAGGAGGCUCAGCGUUGAGUUGCGCGUGAGCCCGGGCGGCGCGGCCGGCACGUCCGCCGAGUCGCCGCACCAUCAUCACCACCCACCACACCAUCAUCACAUGGACACGAACCCCCUGGAGGGUCCCGGGCCGCUGGCGGAGGCGGUGGGCGGCUCCGGGUCGUCCGACGGGGAGCUGGCCAGCAAACCCGGGGACAGCCCCACCAGGAAGCGACGGCGGAUCUCCAGGCAUUUAUCAUCAGGGGAAAGCAACGUGUCGAUACCGCCGCCGGCGGUGGAGCGGCGGACACCCAGGCACCACUACCAGCCGCAACGGCGAGUCCGGUACCUGAGCGGCGGCGGCGGCGGCGUGUGGCACGACCACGCCCCCCACCCCGCGCACGCGCCGCACCCCGCCCACCACCCCGCCCACCUGCCGCACCCGGCGCACGCGCACCCCGCGCAUGCGCCUCUGUUGCUCGAUAUCAACCAGAUGGCGCUGCGCGGCGCACGGAUCAGCGCGCUCGGCGGCGGCGUGGGCUGGCCCCACCACGCCCACUCGCACCGCGACCCGCAGCGCACGCAGAUGGGUGGCGUGUACGCGGGUCAGCUGUACCACGGGAGCUUCGCGCCCCCGCCCCCGCCGCGCGGCCCCUUCGCCUCCCCGCCGCACCCGCACACUCACUACAUUAACUCACAGCGUGCAGAUGGCGGUCGUCUAGAUAUGUUAGGUGGCGGCGACGGCGGGCUGUCGCCGCUGCAGCCGACACCCGACCUGCAUCACGCCCCGCUGCUGCUUGCUCCUGAGACGCGAGGUACGCCUCUGGAGCUCAUGGCGCCGCACCACCACGCGAGACACGCGCUGUCGCACCAUCAUCAUCGGCGGAGUGGAAACGGCGUAGGCGUGGGCGUGGGGGGUGGCGUGGGCGUCGGGGUGGGCGUGGGCGUAGUGGGCGCGGGCGGGCGGGGCGCGCGGCCGUACGUGCGUGCGGCGCCGCGCUGGCCGCAGAUGCACGUCGGCGGCGUGGUGCCGGCGCUGGGGCAGCUGGUGCCGCCGCUGCCGCUGCCGCCGCCGCCCACGUACCAGGUGUUCCUCAACCUGCUGGCCAUGUUCCCGCUGUCGCCGUACGCGGAGGCGGGGCGCGGCGAGGACGAGCCGGAGCCCGAGAACUACGAGGCGCUGCUGUCGCUGGCAGAGCGCCUGGGCGAGGCGAAGCCGCGGGGGCUGGCGCGCCACGAGAUCGACCUGCUGCCGUCGUACCGCUGCGGCGAGGGCGCGCGCCCCAGCGAGCAGACCUCCUGCGUGGUGUGCAUGUGCGAGUUCGAGCCGCGCCAGCUGCUGCGCGCGCUGCCCUGCUCGCACGAGUUCCACGCCAAGUGCGUCGACAAGUGGCUCAGGUCGAAUCGGACUUGUCCAAUUUGCCGAGGCAACGCGUCGGAGUACUUCACGAACUCGGAGUGACUCGAGCCCGACUGUCGUCCCCACGGCGCGGGGCGCAAAGACGGGGGUCUCUAGGGCGCGACGGCAUCGGCGACUACCUUCGGUGUCGGCUCGCGACCUACCCUCGCGCAGUGUGGGACGCCAGUGUUGUUGGGACGUUAGUGCGGGACGGACGCUCUCACCGCGCCCGCUCGCUGCGGUUGCCAAACUAUUAUUAACGCUUCUAAUUUGGCGCCAUCGAUGUUUUCAUUAAAAAUCGAAUCGCGUACGGUGAAUAGGUAGAAAAUUAAAAGUGUUUUAAAAUUGUAUCGUAAAAGAAUAAUAAUCGUGUCUGUGCUACUUUCCUGUUAAAUAUGAUGAACUAAUAUUAGAACUGAAACGUUGGUGGCGUCGGUUAACCUUGUUUUUUAUAUGUUUGUAAUGAAGUUACCUACGUUAAGAUACGUAUUCCCAGAAAAUCAUUUUAUGUAUACAUAGUUGUUAGAGUAAGUGUAUAGUGUCCGCUGCCCUAGUUGUGUCUUGUACUGUAGCGUGCGCGGACUACCGUCGGCGGGCUCGGGCUGCGGGUGAGCGGGGCGGGGGGCGGGUUUCUCACAAGAGCGUAGUAUUUUGUAAUCCAAGCGCUUCUCUAACGUUCUGCUCGUGUAAGCACCUCUACUAAAACCUAAUUUUAUUGAUAAAAAACACGUCACCCCCACGCUCAUCAGUUUCCGGCACCUGCCAUGAGGCGUCUUGUUAAUAUUAUGAAUUAUUUUCCUUAUGAAUAUAUCACAAUACAAAAUUUACGACGUUGUAGUCGUCUCACUGAAGCUGGGUCGUCGGUACAUGGAAACUAACCUACAGGCUACAGCUGUUGAUUUUGUGUUAAUCUCAUAAACCAUAUUUUUUCUUGAUCUUCUCGAGCCAUUCGAUUUAGUAAUUCUGUGCCCAUGUCAAUAUUUAGUUUAAACACACUUUGAUCACAAACUCCAUUUAAUUCAUAUUCGUACCAAUAAUCAGCGCCCAGCGGAGGGAUGCAAUAAGUUCGCUUUAAUGUUUUGGUUUGGUUUGUAAAGUGAUCGUAGUUCGUGCAAUGUUUUAACCGUCGGUGUAAGGUGUAGGUGUAGCUGAGGUUUACCCGGACGUGCAAUGUGUAUAUAGUGUGGACUGAUAGGAAUUUGAGCGGUAGGGUGAUUGGCAAAUUACAUUUCAUCCCAAGUACAGUUGUAAUUGCCGUGACGAGAGAUAUUUCAUGCCUAUAUAACUAUCAACUGAAGGACCACUUGAUAUUCCUGAAGUUAUAUGGUGAACUGUAUCAUUGGAAAUUAUACCUCAAGGUCAGGUAUGUCUAGUUAUGUCACAAUUGUACCUCGGCUUUUUCCUUUAGGAUUGGUAACUUUGAAAUUCUUUUCAUCUUCGUAUACAGAAAUGUUAAAUUCUUGAAAAUAUAGUAACUGCAAAAUAUGUACUCAAUAAUUUCAUAGUAUAAUUGUUAGUGUUUUGCUCAUAGAGUCCUACACGCUUGGUAUUCCUCAAGUACUCAGUAAUGUGUUAAUUCGCUAGUGUCGUGUGUGGUUGAUCGCUCUCGAAUUCAAUUGAUUAGCUCGCUACUUUACGUUACGUCCAAUAAUUAGUCACAACAAUAAUAUCGUCUACAUAACAUUUAAAAUGACUAAAUUGAUUACUCGUUAAUUAACAUUUAUAAUACCACUAUUAACACAAUAGGACUUAUUAUGCAAACUAAACACCUAAAUUAUAAAACGGCACAUAAAGAAUAAUUUGUAAAUAAUAAAUUUCAUUUAAAAUCAAAGUUUGCGGUACUUGACGAAACGUAUUUGUUAAAUCAUGGUACCGAGCAAUACCAGCCUACCAUUAUGGUUUCAAUCCGUUUCGAGAGCAUCGCCAAGGUUUUUUUGGUGGGAUUUCAUCAGCGUGCAUGUCGGUUUGGGCAUUUUAAAUGUACGUCAGGAGUAGCUUUGGUUAAGGAAUGGUUUGCGUUUGUUGUUGUUCAGACUAAACAUAUCGAAUGAGCUGCCUUCGUGCUGCGGUGUGAACCUUAAUGCAUUUAAGAGGAAACAAAUAUAACUAAUAAUUAUAAAUCUCUUUCUCAGGAAAAAAAAAAGAUUUUUCAAAAAUUGAUUAUAAAUAUAAUAUUGAUACAUUUUUUGCAAUAUGAGACACGUAAAAUUACAAAGUUUAUAACAUCAACAGAAAAAUAAUCUAAAAUUGGUUUCGUGGUAAAAAUACAUCGAACCUACAUUUUUUUUAAGUAUCUAAAUCCAUAAUGGAGGUAGCUGAUUUGUGUGUGUUGAGUAUGUGGCUUCCAUUUACAAUUACGUUAUUUUGUAUAUAGUUAGUUUUAUCUGUUUGUUGGGAACGGAACGGACGCGGUCGUUGAAAUCAUUUGUAUAAGCACUUCCAGUUGAAUCAUGUAACAAGUUACCCCCAAAUACAAAUUAUUUACCGAUAGGAUUUCCCUAAUUGUUUUAGUACAAUUUGGCGCAUUUUUAUUUUUCCAAUAUCUGUUUUUCUUGGACUCCUAUGUCUAUACUAUAAUCUGCAUUUUUUAUCAUCUUUGUUUUAUUAGUUAUUUUCCACAAGUUAUUGUCAGCAUAAAUCCGUUUUAUCCAAAUGUUUCACAUCAACAGUAUGUUUUUAGUAAAAUAUGUUAUGUUUAUUAGUUAAUGAGUCGAGGAUUGAGUCUAAAGAUAGAUUACGUAAAUGAUCAAGUGCCUUACUUUUCAUCUACGUUCUCAAAUGUUUGAUU